CGCACUGAUUUUCGGCUGCUCUCUUCUGAACAUUUUCAGUCUAGUGAAACCUCUGUUGAAGAGCCCUAGCUCUUCCGUGGAUUAGUCCUGGAAUUCCAGGGAUACCACGUUAAAUCGAUCUGUUCAUUUACUGCAUUUGUGAGAUUUGAUUUGUUAACAUGGUAUCAGAGCCAUCGACUAUGGAGUUAGAGAAAUCGAUCGUCCGACUGUCACCAACGAAUUUCCCUCUCUGGGAAUUUCAGUUUCGUGUGUACGUAGAAGGUAAAGGAUUGCUCGGAAUCCUUGAUGGAACCACUCCCCGACCUGCCGAGACUGCUCCAGCUCAAGCAAUUGCGGCUUGGAAUCAGAAUGACGCUCGUGUUCGUUCGGUGUUGCUGAGUUGUGUUGAUCCUACUACCUGUCUGAGCCUUCGGCUAUUCCCAACAGCGAACAGGAUGUGGCGGCAUUUACAGGGGCUGUACUCAACUGUGAAUGCAGCCCGUCAAUUCGAAUUGCAGAUGGCUUUGGCACGUCUGACGCAAGGUGAAAACUCUGUUACUGAAUAUUUCAAUUCAGCUCAAGAAUUGUGGACCGAGCAAGAUAUGUUGAAUCUGGCCCUUCGCCCCAAUGCUGAGAUGACCGAGGAUAUGUUAGCUGAACGUCAACGGGAACGCGCAAUGCAGUUCUUGAUGAAGUUGCGACCAAAAUUUGAACCCGUAAGAGCUACCCUUCUCAACCAGGAUCGCUUGCAGUUUGAUGGGCUACUUAGUGCUCUAGUACGUGAAGAAAUUAGGCUAAGAACUCAAUCCCAGCUUGAUAUGCGCCCUGGCGAAGGUGAGACCAUUAUUGCUGCCGCAGCUGUUCAAGGAGUCACCCCUGGUCAUGAGUCAGUUUAUGCAGUUGGUCGGCCCCAUUUUCAGCAAAGGAUCCCAGUCACGGAAUUGGAGUGCCAUCACUGCCGCGAAAGAGGUCACGUCCAAAAUCACUGUAAGCGAAAGAAUUAUUGCGUUUACUGUAAACGAUCCGGUCAUAUAAUUCUUGAAUGUCGCACCAAGGAACGAAAUAAUGCUCGAUAUGGCGGCUAUACUUCCAACUUGGGUCCUGUUGACCGCCAUCCUGCUGCCGAGCGCUAUGCUGCUCGCAAUAAUCCAGCUGCAGGUAAUAAUCGAGCAGCUUAUGCCACUAUUCCUAUUGAAACUACAGCCCGUCCAAAUAUGAAAGAAAUGGCAGGAGCAAAUGGUGAAUGAUGCACUUCAACGCUCACUGCCCAGUGCUCUUUCCUCAGCCUUUGCUUCAUUUAAUGGGUCAGGUAAAACGUCUCAUACUCCUUGGUUGCUAGACUCUGCUUGCUUUAACCAUAUGACCCGUCAUGCUAGUGCUUUAUCCACUAUUCGUCCAGUUCAAGAUAUGUCACUUACUGUUGCUAAUGGAGAUAAGUUGCAUGUUCAAGGAAUGGGUCUGGUUAAUACUUCACAUGUAGAAUUACCAGAUACUUUGCAUGUUCCUAAGCUAUUACCGAACUUAGUCUCUGUGGGUCAACUUACUGAGCAAGGCUAUUCUGUUUUGUUUGCUCCGACUGGUUGUAUCAUACAGGAUUUGAAGACGGGGAGGCAGAUCGGAAGGGGGAGUAAACAAGGCCGGAUAUUUCAUUUAGAGGAGUUACAUGGGCAAUCCGAUUUAGUACCCGUCAGUAGUCCUCUGUCGAGUUCUGUCAGUAGUCCUGUUUUUUCUUGUUUUUCCAAUAAUGUGUGGGAUUUAUG